GCGGCCUUCGCGAUGACGCAAAAAUUCCUCUUUUUCUGUACCGGAUUUCGGGAGAGUUCUGUGCUGGAGCGACGGGAGAACCGAAAAGACCCGAACCGGGAGAACUGAGAGAGUGCGUCAGAACGUGGUGACCCGCGAGCACGAUGAAUGCGAUGCGCGUGACCCUGCUCGUGAUUCUGGGCUCCGUUCAGUUCUGCAGAACCGAAUCGCGGCCCGGAACUCCAGAUGAGUUGUUGGUGAUAACUGCAGCGACAGAAGAGACGGAUGGCUUUCAGAGGUUCAUGCGGACAGUCAGACAGUUUAACUACACGGUUCAGGUAUUGGGUCUGGGGGAGGAGUGGAGGGGUGGUGAUGUGGCCAGGACUGUUGGUGGGGGUCAGAAAGUUCGCUGGCUGAAGAAAGAACUAGAAAAACACAAAGACAAACAAAAUACUGUCAUCAUGUUUGUAGACAGUUAUGAUGUAAUUUUAGCCAGUGGUCCAGAGGAUCUGCUUGUGAAGUUUUCACGUUUUGGCCAUCGUGUGGUUUUUUCGGCUGAGGGAUUCUGUUGGCCUGACCAGAGACUCGCAUCCAAAUACCCUGCAGUUCACAACGGCAAACGCUACCUUAACUCUGGUGGUUUCAUCGGUUACGCUCCUGAGAUUCAUGCAAUAGUGAAGCAGUGGAAAUACAAAGACAAUGACGAUGAUCAGCUGUUCUACACCCGGAUAUACUUGGACAAGGACCAGAGGAAAAAGCACAACAUCACACUGGACCACAAAUCACACAUCUUUCAGAACCUGAAUGGAGCUAUUGAGGAAGUCGUGCUGAAGUUUGAGAAGUCCAGAGUCAGAGCUCGGAAUGUGGCCUAUGACACACUUCCUGUCGUUAUUCAUGGCAACGGGCCGACUAAGCUCCAGCUGAAUUAUCUGGGUAACUACGUCCCAACAGCGUGGACGUACGAGCACGGCUGUGGGGUCUGUGAUGAUGAUACGCUCGAUCUGAGUCAUUUAUCUGAGGAAAAGAUGCCGCUGGUACACAUCGCUGUGUUUAUCGAGCAACCAACACCGUUUCUGGAGGAAUUUUUGGAGAGACUCGCAACACUGAGAUACCCGCACACACGAUUACGACUCUUCAUACACAACAAUGUUGUGUAUCAUGAGCAGCAUGUGGAGAGAUUCUGGGUGCGUCAUCGUUCACUGUUUCCUGGAGCGAGAAUAGUUGGACCAGAAGAAAACCUGCGUCAGGAUCAGGCCAGGACUAUGGCAGUCGAGGCGUGCAGGAAGGACGUCUCCUGUGAUUAUUUCUUCAGUGUGGACUCAGAUGUUGCUCUGACCAAUCCUGAUAUUUUAAAGAUUCUCAUUGAAGAGAACAAGAGUGUGAUCGCACCCAUGUUGUCUCGACACGGGAAGCUCUGGUCAAACUUCUGGGGAGCUUUAAGUCCUGAAGGCUUUUAUUCACGUUCUGAAGAUUAUAUUGACAUCGUCCAGGGCAAACGAGUGGGUCUGUGGAACGUUCCGUACAUUUCUCAGGUCUAUCUGAUUCGUGGAGAGACUCUACGAACCCGUCUGGCUGACGUCUCUCUGUACCAGCAGGUGGGCACGGACCCAGACAUGGCGUUCUGUAAAAGCAUCAGAGACCAGGGUGUGUUUAUGUUCGUGUCAAACAGAGAUGAGUUUGGACGUCUGGUCUCCACCACUAACUACAACAUCAGUCGUCUUUAUCCAGACAUGUGGCAGAUAUUUGAUAAUCCUUUGGACUGGAGAGAAAAAUACGUCCAUGAGAAUUAUUCCAGGAUUUUUGAGGAUGAUGGGAAUAUUGUUGAGCAGCCCUGUCCAGACGUCUACUGGUUUCCUGCGUUCUCUGAUAGGAUGUGUGAUGAGCUGGUUGAAACAAUGGAGCAUUUUGGGCAAUGGUCUGGAGGAAAACACACGGACGAACGGUUGGCUGGCGGUUAUGAGAACGUUCCUACAGUAGAUAUUCACAUGAAUCAGAUCCAGUAUGAGAAGGAGUGGCUGAAGUUUCUUAAAGAUUACAUCGCUCCUGUAACUGAGAAGCUGUACCCCGGAUACUAUCCUAAGGCUUCGGCCGUGAUGAACUUUGUGGUUCGGUAUCGCCCUGACGAGCAGCCGUUUCUCCGCCCGCAUCACGAUUCCUCGACGUUCACCAUUAACAUCGCUCUCAACAGCAAAGGCAAAGAUUAUGAGGGUGGAGGCUGUCGUUUUGUACGCUAUGAGUGUAAGGUGGAGUCUCCCAGGAAGGGUUGGUCAUUUAUGCAUCCCGGACGUUUGACGCAUUACCAUGAGGGACUUCCCACAACAAGAGGAACACGAUACAUUAUGGUGUCAUUUGUUGAUCCGUGAAAGCCGCUUGUGUGUGUGUGUGUGUGUGUGUGUGUGUGUGUGUGUGUGUGUGUGUGUGUGUGUGUGUGUUUCAGAUGUUACUGUUACAGGCGGUUGCCUCAAGUUCAGUCGAACACUUUACGGCAGUUGUUUUUAACAGAAGUUGAAAGUGCGAUGAAUAUAUUUUUUACUUGAUUUUAUAGAAUAAUCAAAUCUGAGUUGUUUUGUGAAAGCAUUUGACCGGAAAUCGCUUUUUAUACAAGAUCGCUUUAAAUUAUUUGUUGUUCUCGUAAAAUAAAUAAUUAAAAAGAUAACCUGUUGUGAAUGUGUACUGGCA